UUAACAUGCGCAAAAGGAACGUAAACUCGUCGGCUAGGAAGUCUAUUCUCUCGUGGAAUACAUAUUAUUGAAAUUUGAAUGAAAUGUUCCUAGAAAAUGAAAUACAGUAAAUAUAGGACAUUCAUACGAUAACAAUUUACCUACCCUGUACAGUGCUUAUGUUGGGCGCUACGAAUUUCUGUAGCAAUAGAAAAGGUGCUGUUGUAGUUGUAAUAUGUUUUUUUUCAAGGAACAUCAAUGAAACAGAAAUAUUUAAAAAAUACCAUAUGUGCAUCUUUAAAUAAAUUGGUAAUGAUUUUACAGUGUCGUAUUUCUUUAAAGAGACAUAAACAUGAAUACUACAUUAAGUUCAAUAGAUAGUGGAGGCGAUAAACACACGUCAGAAACAACGGUACAAAGUAUAGUGCAAAAUUUGACUACUAUGCAAAACAUGCAAAAUGCACAAAGUGUUGUUCAAAGUAAUAUUCAGAGUAUUCAAUCGACUCAAACCAUAGUAGGAUCAGUUGGAACAUCUACCAGUCUUGUAGGCAAAUCAAUGUCAAUGGACACAAAUUCAAAAUUGCCUUUAAUGAAGCCUGUAGUUCCCUCUGGUACUACGUCAACUUCAGAAACUAAUAAAAUAACCACAACGAUUUGUUCUGUGGGAUCUACGGUAAGAAUAAUAUCUCCAGGUAUGUUGAGUACAGUGGAACGUCAGAAUCCACCACAAGCUCAGCAAUUGUUACAACAGACACAGCAGGUGACAGGCAUACCAGCAACGUAUCAUGUACCUAGAGGACCAGCAGCAGUUGCUAAUAUUUCAGCUCCUAGGUCAACGGUAGCUACUCCUAUUGUUAGAGCGAAUACAGGACAAACAAUACCUACCACGAGACCUGGAAUAAGUACAACUAUUUCAAGUCCUCAAUGGCAACCUAAGACAUCAGUUGUAUAUGCACAACCGCAAAGACAUCCUGCACCUCCAGUUAGUCGCGUUUCAAGACCUCCGUCUACUGUAUAUUCCAGUCAACAACCCCGUCUAAUUACACCGACAGGACAAGGAAGAUCGGUACAAGCCACAAUGGUUACUGGAGUUCCUGGUACUCCGUCCAGAUUAAUAGCACCUGUUCUUCAAGCAAACAAUAGUAUUACACGAUUACCAGUAUCACAAAAUAGACCAACUACACCUCAAGUGGCAAGCAUAUCACAAACUACACAACCUGGUAGACCUACCACUCAAACUAUUCAACCUAAUCAAUCAAACAGACCUACUACAGGUAUUGUAAAUCGCAUAGCCGUAUCCGCACCUGUAGUUGGUACUGCAAAUAGAAUACCUGGCACAGCUUCGGUAACUGUUCAACCAACAGUGGGAAGGCAGUUAUCAAUUAACACAGUUGCUACUCCGUCAAGCGGUACUGUCAGUCGAAUUGUCAUCCCGUCACAACAAGUUCAACAGCAGCAACAACAGCAACCACAACAACAACAACAACAGCAGCAGCAGCAGCAGCAAUCACAGCCACAAACAGCACCACGCGUUGUUCAGACAGUAACAUCUUUAUCGAGUCUUAGUACAGUAUCACGUGUAAUUGCUACAACUAGUACAUCAAGUACAACAAGAAUAUCACAACCGACAUCAACCACGGUUGCUAGAAUUACUGGAAUGUCUUUACAUCCUUUACCUUUAGCACCCGCAAGGGUUACAUCAGCACCUGUUAAAACAGUCCAGACACAAAGUAUCGGACAAACUGUUCAAAUUAAAUCUUCCCAGCAAUCCGGAUUUCGAGUUUCUACGGCUAGUAAUACAAAUAAUAAUUCAAAUACAACUCCUGCACAGUCAGUUCAAGGACAGUAUUUGCAUCCCCCACAUACUGCUACAUACUAUUCCUUUGAACCAACAGGAACAUACACUCAGUAUCGGCAAACUCCAGUCAGAUUGCUCGUUGAACCUGGAUACGAUGAACCACAUACCAAAACGAACGCGUCUCCAAGACCAAGCAUACUUCGAAAAAGGGAUCAUGAUAAUUCACCUAUUAAGGGCGCAGCAAAAAAUUUAGUUCCUGUACUUGCAUCUUUACCACCUGUUACUACAACGAGUCCACCUUGUUCACCAAGAGGUGAUCAAGAUGGUGGAGGUUGUCAAAGUUCGGGAUCUACUACAGUUUCAGCAACAUCAUCGCCAGGACUUGACGAAGAACCAGAACAAUCUAGAAUUACAAUAAAUCCUACAGUCGAGAUGUCUCCUAGGAAAAAGCCUCGAAAACAACAACUUACCGGCGUAGAAUUAACGGAAUCAAGGUGUACAGAAGAAGAAAUGCAAUUCAUCACAGAAGAGAGAAUGAAAAAAGAACUUAAAGAAGAACCAAAAGAAAAAUUAUUAGAAAAGAGACAAAUUUCUAAUACGCAGUGCGACAUAACUAAAUCCCCUAUACAACAAUCAACUGUUGCAAUGCGAACACGGCCUACACCUAGUUUAUUAGGACCAUCUUGGAAAAAUCGAUGGGGCAGUAGACUUCAUCAUUAUAGAAGACCAAGCGAAGUUCGACCUCGCGAAGAAAGACGACCCACAGUUGCAGAAAUAGCUCAGCAAAAGCAUGUAUUACAGAAACUAAACGGUUGGAAGGUGUAUCAUCUUACUGCACAAAUGGAGGAUAUCGCUGAUCUUGAAAAACAAGUGCAUGAAAAAUUAAAAACAACGCUGACCAUGCUUGAGUCACAACAAAAUGUUAGGAAUAGACAAGAUGACGGACUUGAACGGGUGAAUGAAUUAAUCAAAGGAAAUAUGCAGCGCAGUAGUUUAAUUAGCGAAGGAAUGAACGAAGCACGUACGCAACUUAUCGCUAUAUUUCAACAUAAAGGACCUAUUACAGAUAUUUUACAACGGUGCGGCAAUAAACGAGCUCAAAAGAAACGAGAUAAAUGAACUAAUGUUUGCAUCGAGUUACAGUGAACGUGUGUAUAAGGAACCCUUGCAUAAGCGAGGUUUAAAAGGGAGUUAUUUUUAUCUGUGUCACAGAAUCUAUAUUAUAGGAGUAAAAUAAAUGAUUUUAUAAGAUUAUGACAUGACUGUCACUAA